CUUAAGAAGAGAGUCCAAGCUCAGCUCCGAGCUCGAGCUGCUGCCAAGAAAGAAGAUAAGAAGACUGAAGAAGCUUCUAAAGGACAGGGAGGCAAAGAGACUGAGACUGUGGACUUUCUUCUUAAGUUACUGAGGAAGCACUCAGGAGAACAGAGCAAGAAGAACGUUAGCAACUUUGAUUCUGAAAAGCAGCUACAAGGAGAUGAUGAUGAUGAUGAUGAUGCUGAAAGACAGGUUCACAGUUCCAAUCAUUUUGAUUCGCGAAACAGGGAUCAUAAUGCAACACGUUUUACAAGGCCAGCCUCAAGCUUCAGGCGCAAUUCACCUGUACCGAGACAUAAACCUCAGUCCAGUUACUCUAGUGAGGCCAUUUUCGAUGAGGCGUCAAGUUACAGUGUGACUUGGACUCAGAAAAAGGAUCAAGUAGAUUCACGUGAUGAACCUGAAUACGAGCCUGAGCCUGUUUAUGAACCUGAAUCUGAACCAGGACUUGCCCUUCUGGAAUCAGAGCCAAAGCUGAAACCAGAGUCAUUUUACCAUGAGGAGGAUGAGGAUCAUGAUGUCAUUGUAGAUGAAUUAGCAGGUGAUGAUGAGUCUAUCAAUGCUGAGGAAGAAACUGAGAAAGAUGAAGACUUGAGUGCACUGAAGUUGAUAGAACUUAGAGCCAUAGCAAAAUCAAGGGGUCUUAAAGGAAUUUCAAAGAUGAAGAAAGCAGAGCUGUUGAAUUUGCUGUGUAGUAAUAAAGCAUAGGAAUGAACAAGAACACUGUUUUAGUUUUUCUGAUACAGCCAAUGAAUCUCCAAAUAUUCAUUCAUAAUUUUAGUGCAUUCUGAUUAAAAUUAGUUUUUUCUCCAUUAGUUAGAGUUUUCCCUUUUGCUUCCAACAGCAAAGUUGUACUGUUCUUUGUGAGUUAUGAAAUUGAAGUCACUUUCUUCAUUCGGUUAACAUUGUUGCAUGUAUAUAUUACAACACUGAUGCAUAAACCUUUGGAAAAAUGAAAAGUUGAAAAGAAAAGAAGGCAGAACAAGUAUGCUGGAUUCAAACUAGAUAUGAAGACAAGAGAUGGUUUUGUGUGCGAUUCACAGUUAUGGUCUGUUUCCUUGUUCAAAUUGGAGUUUAUACUUUCUUGGUAGACAGAUGGCCACUUUUGACAAUCCAUCAAAGGGCAGCAGUGUCCCAAAUACUCUUGGAUGUGAACGAUUCAGGAAAAAAAGGAAUAG